AACAUUGUCUUGACCAUUACGGACAACGGUUCAAAUUUUGUAAAAACGUUCAGAGAUUAUGGUGUGGGAAAUGACUUUUUCGAAGAUGAAAUUAAUGACGAAAUGCCCGUCUUUGAUAAUGAAAGUUUGUUGCCCACACAUCAGAGAUGUUGCAGCCAUACUCUUAAUUUGCUUGCUUCAACCGACUUCGUUAAAAUUUUAAAAACUGAGCAGCCACUGUGUAUCCAGCAUAAGAUGACAUUCGAUAAAUGCUACAACUUGUGAAAGAAUGGCAAGUGGCCAAAAUCGUCGGAAAUAAUUGAAGGGCACCUGGGAUCAUCGUUGGUUUUGCCCGUUGUUACUCGUUGGAAGUCAUUGCAUGACGCAGUUAAAAAACUACUUUGCUACAAAGAAAAAUUAAAUAAUCUGUGUGAUAGGUUGACUUUGCCACAGUUUUCUGCAAGAGACAUACAGUACCUGGAAAUGUACAAUUAGGUAAUGGGACCAAUUGCAAAGGCCCUGGACUUUCUUCAACGGGAAAGCAACAUUAACUAUGGAUUUUUAAUACCAACUCUUGUGACACUGAGCAAUAGGCUGCAUAAGCUAUGCAGAUCCCAAGAAUUGCUAUCAUCUCUUAUUUUAAAAAUGGAACAGAGGUUAAGAGAAAGGUUCCAACCAUAUUUCAUGUUGAAGCCUGAGGCAAAUAUUGCAAUUGCAGCAACAGUGCUAACUCAAAGAAUCAAAAUGAAAUCGGUCAAGGUGUUGCUGAGAUUAAAUCCGGAAUUGCCAGAAUUAACUGUCGAAAAUAUAACCAGCAGAGUUUUAGAAACACUUUACAGGUUUUACGCCAAAAAUUGUAAAACACUUAAUUUUGAAAGGAAAAUUAAUAAUGUGUCGACUAUGCCCGAUUUUUUUUUUUAUUUCAGUGGUGAUGAUGAUGCAAUUGAAGUAAGUUCUUCUCCAUAAGAACAGAUUAAAGUUAACCAACGAUCCGUAAUAAAACAGCAGUUCUUCAGCUAUUUAAAUGACAAUG